AUCGAGCAGGUUAACGUCGGUCAAUUUCUCUACCGACAACCGUACGAACGCUUAACGAUUUGGAACGUCCCGGGAUCCCCGCUGAAACAACUGCACCGUUGGAGAGAUUCAUUCAUCUGAUGCGAGCCAGCGAAGACCAAAUGUACGGUUUUCCACGCUGACGUAACAGAUAUUACAAUGCAACAAGAAUAGAUUUAGUCUUGGUUUCUGAGCGGUUCAAUACUGUACAGCGACCAGGGAGGGGGGCAGGAAAACAAUGAUGCACUUCAGGAACAUUAUCGACCUCGGCGCUACAUCAUCAACACGAUAACCACCUCAAUGCAACAUCAGUGGAUGGUGGAUUUGGGGAUUUAAUUUCAUGUCCAGCGGAACGGACUAGUUGCUGCUUGUGGAAGAUCUUCAUAUUGUAUUUUGUUGCAGGAGAGUUGCUGCUGCCCGGUGUCUCUGCUGCCCGGUGUCUCCCUCCUAUCCAGAACGUUGUUGUGAAUGAUCAAACAUGGCGACUGUACCAGUAUAUUGCAUCUGCAGAUUACCGUACGACGUUACUCAGUUUAUGAUCGAGUGUGAUGCCUGCAAGGACUGGUUUCACGGAAGCUGUGUUGGUGUGGAUGAGGACGAGGCUCCAGACAUUGACAUCUACCACUGUCCCAACUGUGAGAAGACCGAUGGAAAAUCCACCAUGAAAAACAAGAAAAGGAGUAAACACGACACGGGACAGAGAGGAGACAUCCGAGCUGUUCAGAACGGCAGUCAGGUGUUCAUCAAGGAGCUACGCAGUCGCACCUUCCCCAGCUCUGAGGACAUUGUGGUGAAGCUGAACGGCAGUCAGCUGACGAUGGACUACCUGGAAGAGGUUGGUUUUAACGAGCCGAUCCUGGUUCUGAAGAAGGACGGUCUGGGGAUGUCCAUGCCCUCUCCUACCUUCUACAUCAAUGAUGUGGAGAACCAUGUUGGUCCAGACAUCGGUGUGGAUGUGAUAGAUGUGACCAAGCAGAAAGACAGUAAAAUGAAGCUGAAGGAGUUUGUAGAUUACUACUUCAGCACCAGCAGGAAGAAAGUAUUAAAUGUUAUCAACCUGGAGUUCUCUGACACACGGAUGGACAGUAUAGUGGAGAGCCCUCAGAUUGUGCGGAGGUUGUCGUGGGUAGAGAACUACUGGCCAGACGAUGCUCUCCUGGGGAAACCUAAAGUCACUAAGUACUGUCUGAUCGGUGUUAAAGACAGCUACACUGACUUCCACAUCGAGUGUGGAGGGGCCUCCGUAUGGUACCACGUACUCAAGGGAGAGAAGAUCUUCUUCCUGAUCAAGCCCACGUCAGCCAACCUAUCGCUGUACGAGCGCUGGAGGUCCUCAGCCAAUCACACUGAGAUGUUCUUCGCUGACCAGGUGGACAAGUGUUACAAGUGUACUCUGAAGCAGGGACAGACCCUAUUCAUACCAUCAGGUUGGAUCAAUGCAGUUCUGACUCCAGUGGACACACUGGCCUUUUCCGGACACUUUGUCCACAACCUGAGUGUUGAGAUGCAGAUGAGAGCGUACGAGGUGGAGAAGCGUCUCAAGGUGAACUGUCUGACUCCGUUCCCCAACUUUGAGACUGCCUGCUGGUACGUGGGCCGACACCUGCUGGAGAGAUUUAAAGGUUUACACAAGGCCAACAGACAGCCAGCUGCCUACCUGAUCCAUGGAGCUAAGAUCAUCAACGGAGCCUUCAGGGCCUGGACUAAGAAACAGGCUCUGUUAGAACACGAGGAUGAACUUCCAGAGAACAUGAAGCCCACUCAGCUCAUCAAGGACCUGGCCAAGGAGAUCAGGAUCUCAGAGAAUGCGGCUAAAGCCAUUAAGAGUGAUUCGAGUAGCAAGGCUCCAGUGGAGGAACCACCUCCUGCCCCAUCAGAGCCUGAGGACCCUGCUUCCCCCUCCAGCGACCCCUCUCCGUCCCCUCCUCCUCGGGAGAAACCAGCCAGGAAGAAGGCCUCCAAGCCCCCAAAACCUCCAAAGGUCCCCAAACCUCCCAAGGUCCCCAAAGCGAAGGAGGGAGGGAAGAAGAAAGGAAAGAAAGAGAAGGAAGUCCCUCCUCCUCCUCCUCCUCCUCCGUCGAAGCCCUCCAGCCUGGCAGCUCUGGAGUCUCACGCCAAGGACAUCCUCAGCAAGAUGGACCAGCCCAAGAAAGGCAAGAUGGGGGGCAAGGCGACUAAGAAUGUCCUGAGCAUGUCGGAAAAGGACACCUGUAAGCAGAACGACCUGGAGAAGUUUGAGAUCCGAGAACAGAACAAGAAACAGACGGAAGCCAAGUGGAAAUAUAAGAACAGCAAACCAGAUUCCUUACUGAAGAUGGAAACUGAAGAGCACAAGUUUGAGAGAACGCCACUAUCAGGCAACAAAGACAAGUUUUCAUUCUCAUUGACACACAAGAAGUUACUAGGUUCUAAGCUGAAGCCCCAGACCAACUCCAGUGUGUUCAGCUCGUUACAAAACCUAAAGGAGGACAAGGCCAAGCCGGUGAGAGACGAGUAUGAGUACGUGUCAGACGAAGGAGAGUUGAAGAUUGAUGAGUUCCCCAUCAGGAGGAAAAAGAACGCCGUCAAGAGGGACUUAUCCUUCCUGUCAAACAUCAAAGACCCAAUCCACCCAUCCAAGAAGCCAAAGCUCCUCCCCUCUGCUGUCAAGAAGGCUGACUCAUCAGAUGAGGAGUCGCUCCACAUCGACACAGAGGUCAAGCCGGAGGUGAAAGGUCGUAACUCGAAGGUGAAAAAGAAGACUGGCAUCCUGGACCUUCUCCAGGCCAGCAAGGCAGUGGGCGUCGACUACAACGCCAACAGUCAGCCACCUGCAUCUCCCAGCACACAGGAGGCCAUUCAGGGGAUGUUGUCUAUGGCCAACCUGUCCUCCGGGGCUACCGCAGAGGCUGCAGCCAUCUCCUCUGACACCCCUGGAGGAGGAGGUGGUUCCUGGGGCAGGAACCAUGCCACCAACACCACGGCUGGACGGAAAGGAGGAACACGAGGAGGAAAAGGAGGAGAUGGGAACAGUAAGCGGCCAGCCAAACCCAAGAAAACAAAGAAGAACAGCAGCAUCGACAGCAUCGAGUUUGAUGACGACCAUGAUCACAUGGACGCCUGCUUCAAGGACUCAGACUAUGUUUACCCAUCUCUGGAGUCUGAAGAGGAUAACCCCGUCUUCAAAUCCAGAUCCAAGAAGAGGAAAGGUUCAGACACUCCAUACAGCCCCACAGCGCGUGUCGGUCCCUCUGUGCUUCGUCAGGCGAGGCCGGCCAGAGAAGGAGCAAGAGUGGCGUCCAUAGAGACAGGACUGGCAGCUGCUGCAGCCAAACUCACACACCAGAAGGAGCAGCAGAAGACCAAGAAAAAGCAGAAGAGCACAAAAAAGAAGCCCCCUGCUGCUUUGAGGGAGGAGGAGGAAGAGGAGGAGCCAGUGAGGAAGCUGAGUAUGGACAGCAGUUCUCCAGAACCAGACGCGGGCCGGGACUCCGAGCCUGGUCAGACUGACCAUGAAUACUCCUCUGGGGCAGGAGGGAAGCAGGCUGGGGGGCCCCAACCCAUGGCCCCUGGAGUCUUCCUUACACAGAGACGACCCUCCACAUUUUCAUCAUCUCACAACAAUAACAACAACACAGCCAAGGGGGAGCGAGGAGCCGCAGCAGGAGCAGGUGGAGCAGGAAAGGGUGACGCAAAGGGCGAAGCGAAGCGGCUAAAGAAAGGCAUGGCGACGGCCAAACAGAGACUAGGAAAGAUCCUCAAGAUCCACCGCAACGGGAAGCUCCUCCUGUAACAGGAAGUGACUCGCUACGGAGCAUUGCCAUUGGCUCCUGCAGUACUCUUAGCAUAUGAACUGGCUCCAUCUCCUUUCCUUUGAUUGGUGCUGGGCUAACAGACAGACUGAAACAGUCAACAUUGGUUUUGCCUAUACUUAAAAGUGUACAGAAUAAUUGCUAGAAAUAUUUUUUAAGAAAAAUGUGUCAUUUUACUACAGUCAGUUUAUCAGGGGGUCGCUAUGCUAUGCGUUAAACUAGGUGCUGCGGCCCAAACGGCAGCCUAUACCCUUUAUAGUGCCCUGGUCAAAAGUAGUGCGCUACAAAGGGAAUAGGCUGCCGUUUGGGACGCGACCAAGAAGUACAUCCAGGACCCUGAAAGUAUCCCUUCCAUGUAUUCAGUUGGAUGGGUUAAAGAUAGUUUAUAGAGAAUUCAUUCCUACUCUUUCGAUGGGGGUUAUCAUUAACCUUGCAAUAUUUGUUUUAGAAUUUAAGAAAUAAUUGUUGCUUUCUGUCCUCCCCAGACCAGACUUAGCCUGAAAUACAGUCUGUUUGUGCUAACAUUCCACCCGCAGACAUAUUAGGCGACAAGGAGUGGAAUGUUAGCACAGACUGUAUUUCUCCACGCUAAACCCAGACCUUCACUAGAUACACUCACCUCCGCGCUAUUCCUUUGUUUGCUAAGCACUAUCAGUUACGAUAUAUUUAUUGUCCUAAUAUACUGUUUCAUGUCAUAGACGUGGAAAGGAAAGCCAACAAGGCACUUAAUAAAAUAACUUGCGAUGGGAAUUUCAGAUGUCAGAUAUGUCAAUAUGAUGAUGGUUCCAGUGUUCAACUGGAUUUCUCUGGUCGUUCUCUGAACGGUUUGUAAAAGAAACACAAUAAGGAAUGGUGUCUUUCUUUGAGCUAAUGUUUUCACACCCAAACAAACAUAUCAACAUUAUUUCACAAUGUGCCAUCACUUCCGUUUUAAGACUUUCUUAAGAUAGAUAUUGCGAUUAUAGACCGUAUGAAUUAGCUACUUUAAAGACUGUAAAACAAGUAACCAAAUGUGUAAUAUAUUGUUCUAAAUUUGUACAAACAGUAUAUUACCACAGCUGACAGUCACAGGAAAUGAUCCUUAAAGGGAUAUAAUGUGGUAUUAUUGUCAUGCAUUAUUUAAUAAGGAUUUAUUUGGUAUUUCCAUAUCAAUAUUCCAUAAUCUAACAUUGACUGUAUUGCCAGUCAAUUGAAACUCUCUAUCCCAAAUGGCACCCUAUUCCCUAUAUAGUGCACUACUUUAGACCAGGGCCCUAUUCCCUAUGUAGUGGCCAACUUUAGACCAGGGCCCAUAUCUAACUCUCUAAAGGAGGAUCGUUAUUGAAACACUAAUCAUGGGCUCCUGAAGAUGCUGUAAAUCCCAUGAUGAUCGGCCUCAUCCAGCUCUCUCACUGUGGCUACAUGGGGAUACUUUCACUCCUCUGUUGGCUUUAAGGCAGCAACAUAGCCUUCAUCACUGAAAUAUGCAUCAUUUCUAUGGCUUGUUAUUCACAGUACAGUAUGUAGAAUGUAGCUUGUACAUAGCCUUUUACAGGAAUACUUUUUGUAUCCUUUUUUUCCUCCCUUAAUACUUCAUUAUUAUACAUUUCUACUAGUUUUUUAUUAUAAACAAAAUAUAUGUGAAUAUAUAGACAUUAGUCUUUUUGAUUUGAUUAGACCAAUGUUUGUUUUAUGUUUGUUUUUAACAUUGUUUAUUUGUUAUUAGACUAAGGUGUUGCCUGGAAAAACAACUGAAGAACAAAAUAACAUGAAUUGUUGUAUGGCCUUACAUUACUACAUACACACAGCUACAUUACUACAUACACACAGCUACAUUACUACAUACACACAGCUACAUUACU